AUGUAUAUAUAUAUAGCCCUGGUCGCAAAAGAGCUCGCAAGAUUUAACAUCGAUAUUGCGGCCCUGUGUAAAACUCGCCUAGCCAGCGAAGGUCAGCUCACAGAAACAGGAGGCGGUUACACAUUCUUCUGGUGUGGACGCAGCAGUGACGAACGUCGUGAAUCUGGAGUUGGCUUUGCGGUUAAGAAUUAUCUUGUCUGCAAACUUGCCAGUCUUCCUAAGGAUGUGAACGACCGACUCAUGACACUGUAUCUCCCACUACCGAGUGGAAAGCAAGCCACACUGAUCAGCGCCUACGCACCCACAAUGACGAAUCUGGAUGAAGUAAAGGACAAGUUUUAUGAAGAUCUCGAUGCCCUACUCUCAUCCGUGAAGCGCACCGACAGGCUGAUUCUACUUGGCGACUUCAACGCGAGAGUAGGGUCCGAUAACUCUGCCUGGGAUGGCGUCAUUGGAAAAAAUGGAAUAGGCAAAUGUAACAGCAAUGGCCUACUUCUACUGAAGACAUGUGUGGCUCAUGAUCUGAUCAUCAUCAAUACCAUCUUCCGCCUGCCCACUUGCAAAAAGACGUCCUGGAUGCACCCACGCUCCAAGCACUGGCAUCUUAUUGAUUAUGUCAUCGUGCGGAGGAAAGACAGACAGGAUGUAAGGGUGACCAAGGCCAUGCCGAGUGCUGACUGUUGGACUGACCACAGACUCAUCAUCUCCAAAUUAAGCCUUUACAUCAAGCCAAAGAGACGUCUGCAGGGAAACAAAGAAGAGAUCAAGGCCCUACUUGCUGAAAAGUACCGCCUUCACCGUGCUCAUCAGAAUGACCCGCCGUCAACAGUUAAGAAAAAUAACUUCAAUAACACUCGCAGGACCGUACAGAGCAAGCUUCGCAAGAUGCAGGACUCCUGGAGUGCCAAAGCAGAUGAAAUCCAGAAGUCUGCUGAAACAAUGGAAACAAUGCCAAACUGUUCUAUGAAGCCCUCAGAUCCUUGUAUGGACCUCAGCCCUCAGGGAGCUCCCCUAUACUGGACUCAGAUGGCGAUUGACAGAAUGCCCCAGGCGGAUAUCAACUACAGCCUGGACGUCCCACCAUCAGAGACUGAAACCUUACAGGCCAUCAGCCAGAUGUCUAGUGGCAAGGCCCCAGGAUCUGACACGAUCCCAGCAGAAGUCUAUAAGGCUGGUGGUGCAGUGCUUGUCGACAAACUCACUCAGCUGUUCCAGUCCUUCUGGAAUCAAGGAUCCAUUCCUCAGGAACUGAAAGACGCGUCCAUUGUACACCUCUAUAAGAGGAAAGGAAAUCGACAAGUCUGCGAUAAUCAUAGAGGAAUAUCACUGCUUUCCAUCGCAGGCAAGAUCCUUGCACGAGUGUUGCUGAAUCACCUGACUGACCACCUGGAACAGGGUCUACUACUCGAGACACAGUGCAGCUUCCGUAAAGAGGGUGGCACGGUGGACAUGAUCUUCGCAGCCCGACAGCUCCAGGAGAAGUGUCAAGAGCAGAAUCGUGAACUGUGCACCAUCUUCGUGGAUCUCACCAAGGCUUUUGACAAUGUCAGUCGCGAAGGUCUGUGGUGCAUUAUGUCAAAGUUUGGGUGCCCUGACAGAUUCAUUCUGAUGGUACGUCAGUUCCACGACGGCAUGACGGCUCGUGUUCUGGACGACGGAAAAGCUUCAGAGGCCUUUCCCGUCACAAACGGCGUCAAGCAAGGGUGCGUGUUGGCACCGACCUUGUUCAGCAUGAUGUUUUCAGCCAUGCUGUCAGAUGCCUUUCAGAACAGUUCCUUGGGAGUCAGCCUGAGAUAUAGGACAGAUGGGAAAAUGUUCAACCUGCGAAGACUCCAGGCUGUCACCAAGAUAAAGGAGACUGUGCUACGAGACCUCCUUUUUGCUGACGACUGUGCCCUGAAUGCUGGAUCAGAGCAGGAAAUGCAAGCCAGCACGGACAAAUUCACAGCAGCAUGCGACAACUUCGGCCUCCUUAUUAACACAAAGAAAACCGAAGUGAUGCACCAGCCAGCUCCGAAAGCCCAAUACCAAGAGCCCACCAUCACAGUGAAGGGACAAAAGCUACAAGCAGUGGACCUAUUUACAUACCUUGGCAGCACCUUCUCCCGCGCAGUGACAAUUGACAUCGAGGUCAACUGCAGAAUUGCCAAGACAAGCUCUACAUUCGGCGGACUGCGGACCAACGUGUGGGACCGCCGUGGAAUAAGCCUUGCUACAAAGCUUAAAGUCUACCGGGCAGUAGUGCUGACUACCCUGAUGUAUGCCAGUGAGACUUGGACUGUAUACAGGAGGCACGCUAGGCAAUUGAACCACUUCCACACGACUUGCCUCUGCAGACUUCUGAGGAUCAGGUGGCAGGACAAGGUGCCAGACACAGAAGUCCUCUCUAGAGCAGGCAUGCCGUCAGUUCACACCCUGCUGAUGAAAGCCCAGACAA